AUGUCUGGCCGUCCAGUGUCCUUAGCUGCCAACACUGCUCCUUCUGCCGCCCCUACCCUGCCCCCGCCGUCCACGCAAUCGCAACAGGCGAGCACGCCCUCUCGAUCAGGAACCGUCAGCCAUACACAUGUCCAUUCAAGAUCUAGUCCUGCUGGGUUUGAGCAGCCCAGGUACCGACAGUAUGGAACGACGCCGGAAAGCGCAAAGUACUCGUCUCCGCCGGGUGGUGGCAUGCUCCCUCACACGCCGUCAGGAGCCAAGUACUCUCCGCUGGGCCUAGCAGACAUAAGGCCACCCAGCGAUUCGUUGUUGAUGGAUCACCAGAUGACGCCUGGAUCAUUCUCUGCCUUCAACGGUGACAUUCAAAUACCCACAAACAGCAACUACGUGGCCCCGUGGCCGAUCUAUGCAGUGGACUGGUGCAAGUGGCCCAUGUCGUCAGGGAAUUCUUUCGCUGGCAAAGUGGCCAUUGGGAGCUAUCUCGAAGAUAGCCAUAAUUAUAUUCAAAUAAUCGAUACUCAUCGCAAACAACCAGAGGCUGAUACUCCAGACGUCGUGCCUGGAGAUGUUGAGGUGGAAUACGUCAAAACAGCCGAGGCGACACAUUCGUACCCGGUUACGAGGAUACUGUGGGAGCCUCCUUCCUCCCAGAAGCAGUCUACAGACUUGCUUGCAACGUCAGGCGAUCAUCUCCGGCUGUGGUCAUUGCCAAAUUCCCAGAUGAUGCAGCAAACUACAAAUUCGAUUACCGGCCGGUCCCAAGCCCAGGCGCCGGCAAAAUUGUCACCGUUGGCUCUUUUAUCGAAUUCUAAAUCCCCCGAACACACGGCGCCAAUAACAUCACUAGACUGGAAUAUAAUUUCACCGAGUCUGAUCAUCACUUCUAGUAUCGACACGACAUGUACGAUUUGGGACAUUCCGACUCUAACGGCGAAAACUCAACUUAUUGCCCAUGACAAGGAAGUUUAUGACGUGCGCUUUUGUGCUAAUAGUGUCGAUGUCUUUGUCAGCUGUGGUGCAGACGGUAGUGUACGCAUGUUUGAUCUGCGGAGUCUGGAACACAGCACCAUUAUAUACGAACCGUCAGAAAAGAACGAGAAACUUAUGAGUCCUGGAGGCUCAAGUCCGUCGGUAUCAGGACUUUCAACAGCAUGGCCGCCCCCGCUUUUACGCAUAGCCACAUCCCCCCAUGAUGCCCAUCUCCUUGCCACAUUCUCGCAAGACUCCAACCUAAUCCGCAUCCUCGAUGUGCGACAGCCAGGCCAAGCAUUGGUCGAGCUCAGGGGGCAUUCUGGAUCCGUCAACUGCAUAGAAUGGUCACCCAGCCGCCGGGGCACGCUUGCUUCCGGCGGCGAUGAUUGCUGCGUCCUUGUAUGGGAUCUCAUCAACCAACACAAUUCAGUUCAUAUGCAAGCUCCUCCCCCUCCGCCUCCUCCCACUGGCCCCGGUGCAGCGUCGUCGGGACCAACUACAACCGAACGCGGACCAACUGCAGCAUGGCAAUGCGAUUAUGAAAUUUCAAAUUUGUCCUGGUCUCCCCCAGGGCCUGCAUCGUCUUCUGGACUUCCUCGUGAUUGGCUUGGCGUUUGUGGUGGUAAAGGGUUCUGGGGUGUAGCAAUGUAG